AUUACUUUAGUUUCCAACUCGAACGAAAGCGCACUAAUCGUUCUUUUAGCGGAAAAAUGAAAGCAACAAUUUUAUUAGCUCUUUUAGGCGUUCUGGCUAUUUCCGCCAACGUCAAUGGCGCCGCGCUUGACUCAACACCAGAUCUAAAUCCAUUUGACUAUAUCAAUUAUGCCGACAUUUUAAAAGCCUAUUUGAAGGCUUUCCAGCGUAUUAUGCCAUGUGGUUACGCCGCUUGGAAUCUACCACCACUUGCUCCAUACACUGUCGAUAAUUGGGAUUAUGAUUACAGUGGUGAUGGUUACAGCCUUGUUGGUUCUUUCUCCAAUUUGUAUGUUGAAGGUCUGAAUGAUUGGCAAUUGCUUGACUUCUCAUACAAUACCACCACUCAAGAAUUUAAUUACGAUGUUUUACAUCGCAAAUUGCAAAUUCUUUCUGAAUACACUGUAAAUGCUACAGCCACCAUUGCUAAUAUGCCAUUUACCUAUGCCGGUGAGGGUGUUCUGAACUGGAAAUUUACUGAUGUCCGUUCAAUUGGUGGUUACACCUUCCAAACUAAUGGGAUCAACCAAAAUGGUAUAGAAAUGACUAAUUUCAGAAACCAGGUUAUACUUGGGGAUGUUCAAGCUAAUAACUGGAAUAACUAUUGGAAUAAUGAAGUGAAUAACUUUGUCAAUCGUUGGUUGCGCAAAUAUGUGUUCUUAUGGACCGAAGAAGCACAAGCUAAUAUGGGUAAUAUAAUUAAUAACUAUUUACUUCCAGCUGUAAAUCGUCAAUUGGCUGAUCUCAGUAUGGACCAAUUUCUUGAAAUUUUGGUUGGUCUUACCAUGGAGUUAGAUCAAGUUAAAUGUUAAGUGGAUAAUAUGCAUCAAAAAAAAAAAGACUAUAGAAAAAUGUUUAAAGA